AAACGUAAUCAGCCUCCCCUUGCACCGGCCCCAGUUGCCCUUAAUCGAGGACGAGUGGCCGCUCUGAUGGAUACGGAUCAAGGAAGAGAACUCGUGGCAUAUGCCACAGAUCAUCCCUCCCCUUCGAUGGCAACGACAUCGACUUCAGGAGCUUCUUCCUCUGACGCCGCUGACGUGGUCGAUCCCCUCGAGGAUCUCCAUCUUGCAGGCAUGAUCGGAGCGAUCCGAUCGGUCCCAGAUGAUCUCGAGUGGGUUGAUCGCGAAUCCAAUCCAGGACCGCAGUUUCGGACAGGAGACAUUGAUGUACUGAAAACGCUCAAGCAGUUAGACGUCCGCGUUCCUAUCCCCGUUGGGCAUCUGCUGACCAUAUCUGAAGCGGCGAACGAUAAACUUUUACAACACUGCCAGAAAAAUCAAAAGCGUUUCACCUAUCAACGCAUACAACGGAUGUUGAAGAAGAAGGAAGAAGGUGAGGAAGUGGUAUCCCCUGAGCCGGACACUGAAGAACCUGAAGCCGCACGCAUAGCCGCCAUCUCUUUAGCAGAAAAGGAUCACUUCGUACGAGCUCGGCCAGUACUAUGGAAAAGUGCGGAAUGUGACUGUGAAGUUUGGGACAAGGGACUCCAACCGGAGUCGCGGAAGGUGGCAGCUGUCAGGGACGGGUCAGUGCCUACCACUAUCACGCAAGUUCGCGCCUUUCUGGGCCUAGCCUCGUAUUACCGAAGAUUUAUCAAGGGCUUCGCGGCGAUUGCGGGACCCCUCACAAAUCUGUUGCGCAAAGAUCAGUCGUUGAUCUGGACGCCGGAGUGUGAUCAAGCGUUUUCCAAGCUCAAGACUGCUUUCAUUUUGGCUCCGGUCCUUAUAAGACCGGAUCCCGAAAAGCCUUUUGUUCUCACCACCUACUGGCAGCCAGAGGCGAUUUCGGCGAUCCUCGCCCAGGUGGGACCAAGCGGACUCGAGAGUGUGGUGGAGUAUGCGUCCAAAUCAGUACCCGCCUGCAAGCGCAACUACCCCGCUCCGACGGGAGAAUGCUAUGCGGCUCUCUGGGGAAUCAGUCACUUUCGUGCUUACCUGUAUGGGCGAAAGUUCACCCUGGUGACUGAUCAUGAGCCCCUGUUGGCUCUGAAGAAGUCGAAGGAGUACUCGGGCAUGAUUGGGCGAUGGGCAACAGUGCUGCAGAGCAUGGACUUUGACAUCCGUCUUCGGAAGCACGAGAGACAUGGGAAUGCGGAUGUAUUGACACGACUGCACCGGCCUGAGAAAGUUCCGAAGAAUGAGGAGGUGAUUCCGUGGAACGAGCCCGAGCAGAAGAUUGGACCUCGGUACGGCCAAGUGGAGAUUUUGUCGAAGCAAGUACAGGUGACGUGGACGGACAUUAGCAAGCAUCCAGCGUGGAUCGAGAAUCCGGAGCUGCUAAUCAUACAGGGUUGGAGGACCAACGCGGAAGGAGAUCUUAUUGGAUUCCUCUUUGGAUCGGUACGACCGGGUCGCCGUAAGUUGAUUGCACAGGAGCUCAUCGCACUGAUCGUGCAAUUGGCAGACGAUCUCUCGCCUGACAUCUACUUUCAGAGUGACAACAGUCCUGCUCCGUACAUUUUCGAGCGAUCCUUGGAUCCGUACCUUCAGUGGACUUCGUGCUUGGAGGAACCUAGGGACGAGGAUACGCUACCAUCGCGGCAGGAGUAUCUGAAGCCGUACGAGAUCAUCCCUUACGCCUUCUACCCGAGGGCAGAAGAAGUGGUGAUCGACGAAGACGACGACGAGGAAACAUUGGAGGAGGGAAGCUAUAGUGAACAUAGCGGGGGCGAGCUGAGUGAGGAGGAAGAGGAAGAAGAAGGAACCGGGUCCGAGUGGGAAGCCCCGCCGGAGGAGGUGACGCAUACGGGAACGGAGGCGGAAGAUCCGGAAGCGGCGCGAAAGCGCGAAGAGAUUGCCUUCGGAGAGUGCUAGCUGAAGUUAGCUAGCGAGGCUAGCCUGCGCAUCGGUAGCGA